CUAAGGCAGAGGAAGCUCUCUGGCCCUCCCCACCGCCAGGAAUAUAAAGUGGAGAGGGUUGGCUUGGUGUGCAUUCAUCGAGCCCCACACUCAGGAAAGCAGCAGUCCUCUCACACUUCUCAGAACUUUUCAGCAGCCGUAGGGCGAGAGGAAGGGACGGCGGUUCGGGCUUUUCCUCGACGGCAUCCUCUCCACCUCCUGCCGUCCCCACCAAGGGUUCCUCGGGCUGCUCCUCGACGUGGAGGAAAGCGGGCGGCGGCGAUGAAAUUCCUGGCGGUUUUGACCGUGCUGUUCCUAGUCUCGGCUCAAGCCUUUGCGGAAGAGCUGGGAGACAACGAGGAGCUGAAUUACUGGUCGGACUGGUCCGAUGGCGACCAAAACAAGGAGGAGCUGCCUUUACCCUUUGAGCACUUCCUUCAGAGAAUUGCCCGGCGACCCAGACCUCAACAAUUCUACGGCUUAAUGGGCAAACGAGAUUCUGGAUACAGCCCUCUCUCCCAUAAAAGACAUAAAACAGAUUCAUUUGUUGGACUCAUGGGCAAAAGAUCUUUAGAUUCUGGAUCUUCUGAAUGGAAUGCAGCACAGAUGUACGAAAGGAGACGUAAAUGAGACUUCCCGGUCUGUUAUAUGUUGAGAUUUGUUCGUUUAAAUGGCCAAGUUAGUGUAAUAUGGAAGAGCCAUUGUAAGGAAUUAUUUAUUUAAGACUGGUCUUUUUUUUUAACGUUGUAAAUUUAAUUUUUUAAAAAAAAGAAAACCCACACAAUUAUUUCCCCCCACCCCUUCCUAUUGUGGCAUUGAUACAUACAGUAAACUGGUUGCGAAAGAUGGAUUCUACUAUGGCAACUCCGUACGGAAUAAAGAAAUCCGUGGUGUUCCACAACAAAGCACAUUGUUUGAUAUGUUCUGUGAAAGAGAUGUUCACCAAAUGUUUAAGAAAAAGUAGUAAAGAAAUAAUAAUAAUAAUAAACUUUUGUUAAUUUAUAGCAAUUGUAUCAGCUUCACUACCAACGCCAACUUGCUCUGGUGCCUAGUGCCUCAAUUUGUGUUCAUAGCCAAAGGGGGGGGGGAGAGAAUGUGCUGUAAUUUCUGUAGCUAAAAUAUAUUUGUAUCAUUGCAGCAUGUUGUUUUUUUGUUUGUUUGUUUGUUUCAUGCACACACAUAUAUUUUAAAAAGAGAGUGCUUUAAAUGUGAAUCUAGAAGUCUUCGUUUCAUUAUCUGGAUUUUACAGCAGCUAACACUUUAAAUAAAAGAAAAAUCUAC